AUUUGAGGACAGUUGAUGCUGCGAUCUGCAAGAGAGCACACGCGCUGUGCCCCUUGACUAUAGUCGUGUGUCGAAUAAUUUGUGAUGUGUUGUGUUUGUGUAUUUUGAGAUAAACUAUCGCAGAUCCAGCCCAUCAAUUCCACAAUCGAACUCCGUCGAAAAAUGUCCUAAAACCCGCAAGCUCACACCAAUAAAAGUGCGACGAUGACAGUAAAUCAAGCGCGAGUGCACCAAGCCAGUGAAAAUGUGUUUAAAAAGAUAAUAAUCAACAAAUAAGGAUGUGAAACAUGGUCACAUGCGUGCGUCGCGCGAGCAAAGAAUACGCGACGAAUGGUUUCCAAAGAUUCCUGUAUUUACUGCCAAUACUUCUCUGCGUGAGAAGCAUCCUGUGUGGCGGCGUGUCGCUAGGAGCGCACUUGGUGUGCGCCCGGGUGGCUGGCUUGACGGACAAGCAGAGAGCCAUGUGCCGGUCUUCGCCUGCCGCCAUCGCCGCUGUAGGAGAUGGAUUGAGGAUGGCGUAUGCCGAAUGUCGCUCACAAUUAGGAGGCUACAGGUGGAACUGUACAGGCAUUGGGGACGGCAAUGAUUUUGGACAUGUCAUGCCUUUGGCCACAAGAGAAGCCGCCUUCACAUACGCCAUAACGUCCGCUGGUGUGACGCAUGCGCUCAGCACAGCCUGCGCGAGAGGCGAUUUGCCAGCAUGCGGGUGCUCUUCUAAUAGACGCCGCGCCCCAAGUCCAUCCGACCAGUUCCAAUGGGGGGGCUGUGGUGAGGCAGCUUACGGGGCCAGGUUCGCGAGGCGGUUCCUGGACUCAAGGGAGAUAGAGUCCGACGCCAGGAGCCUUAUGAAUCUGCACAAUAAUCGCGUGGGAAGGAAGGUGAGCGAGAUGGUGAAAGACCUAGUCCGCCGCGAGUGCAAAUGCCAUGGCGUCUCAGGCUCCUGCGCACUCCGCACGUGCUGGCGCGCACUACCCCCCUUCCGCGCUGUUGGUGCAGCACUGAGGGAGAAGUACCACCGCGCGCGGUUGGUCGCGCCCCAUCCGCCGCCUGCAACUCAUGCGCCGCAGACGCAUUUGGUCAUACGAAGGCCAAGACAAAAUGCAGGUAUCGGCAGGCAGCCCCGCAAGUCAGAACUAGUGUAUCUAGAACCGUCCCCAUCUUACUGUGAAGCCGAUCCCCUAACUGGAUCUUUUGGGACUCACGGCAGACACUGCAAUCGGACGUCUCGAGGUGAAAACGGUUGUGAAACUCUCUGUUGUGGUCGAGGAUACAACACGAUUCAGUCAGUUGAAGAAUCUAAAUGCCGGUGUAAAUUCCACUGGUGUUGUCGCGUUUCGUGCGAGAAAUGUGUGACUCGCACUGAAAUACACGUGUGCAAGUGACAAUGUAGUGUUAGUUGUGUCUAUGGCAAUGUUUUUGUUUUCUCGCCAUCUCUUGGACUGUUUCUGUACUAAACGCGAAAUACCUAUUCUAAGUGUUUUGAUAAAUACAAUUUUUAGUAUUGUAGGAUUGUGAUGCAGUGACACUAACUACUAUUACGGUAGGUUUUUUAAUUAAUACCAUGUAACAAGCAAAAUUCGUUCUUGUCUUUCAAAUAGAAUUCAAAAAAAUAGGAGGUCCUCAAAUCAACUUUUUUUAUCAAAGUUUGCUUCUUCUGUGUGGUCCCAUUUUUUUAAUAAACAGAUGCUUUUUUGUGAAACAAAUAACACACAUCUAAAUCAGCAUAUCACUUCGACAGUUUAUUGCUUCAACUUUUAAAAAAUCGUACCUAUUAUUCUGUGUUACCUUAAAAUAAGAGCCAUUUUUAGACGAUUUUUAAGGCACGUGAGCAGGUACAGUGGUAACGUUGAUAGAAUGUUUUAUAAGCCUAUAUUUAACACCUUACAAACUCUAAUUAAACAAGUAGGUAUAUAUUAUAGGCAUCGAUUAAUUCGCUCAAAAUUCUACGUAUAAAAAUCAUUUGUAAUUUUUUUUUCACUUUAAUUUUGUUUUCAAAUGUCUCUAAUGCAGCCAUAUUUCCGUAGGUUUCUACAUAUUAUAAUUUAUGAAACAUCGGGGGCACUUGCCGUUUACUAUAUAUUUUAAGUAAAAAACAUUAGUUGAAGCAUGAACUAUUCAUAAGUUUAAUGUAAAUAUGCCACCAGUAUUUUAUUAUUAACAAUUUAAGUGUAAUGCGUUCAAUGUUAAGACUCAGCGGCUUUAAAAUGUAAUAUUAAGAUUAUGCACUAUAGAAUGUCUUGUAUGACCAUUUUAAUUUUUAUUUUAAAUCAUUCUUUCUUUUUACAUGAAUUUAUUCAUUUUUCAUAUUAAUUAAUUUCACAUAUCAUUACGUCCAAAACAAUGAAAGAAACUUUAAUGAAAAUAAAUAAUAGCAACUGUAUUUCAUAAAAAUUUUAAUUAAUUAUCUAUGGUCAUACUGUAUAUUCUUUUCAAGUACUUAUUAUUAAUGCAUUCCGUAUAGAUUAAGGCCUAACUUAUUCAUACCACGUAAAUAUUAAUAAAAUUUUUCAAAGUA